AUGACUCGCCGGACAGUACGCACCACUCAGUCCCCAGUGGGAGAAGUCGAGCAGGACAUCCCGGGUCUGGGUCGCAUGAAAGGCCUCAUCUAUGCUAAUGGUGUUCGUCAAUUCUUAGGUGUGCCAUAUGCCACUCUGGCCAAACGUUGGACACGGUCCAAGUUGGCGACUUCGUGGCCCAACGAUAGUCAUGAUGGCCGAGACUUGGGAACCCAGGCACCCAACCCUCCUGAAUUUCGGGAAACGGGUGAUUUGACUCCCAUUGACACGUUCGCUCAUUUGACAGAACCUGUCGAAGAUGAGGCAACCUGUCUGAUUUUGAACAUUGUCCUACCGCCAGCAGAUACCACCGACUCUGGAUCGUGGCCGGUCAUGUUUUAUAUCCAUGGCGGCUCGCUUGUUUUUGGUGGUGGCAACCGCUCAAUUUUCGACGGCGUCAACUUUGUCUCCAGGUCAAUCGCUAUUGGCAAGCCUGUUGUCGCUAUCAACAUGAACUACCGGGUAGGCCUAGGAGGGUUUCUGGCUUCAAAGGAUAUCCUCGAGGACAUGAAACGAGAUGGAUUGGAGGGUGUGGGUAAUUGGGGUCUCACAGAUCAGCAGGUCGCCUUAAAAUGGGUACAAAAGUAUGUGGCGGCCCUUGGUGGCGAUCCGACCAAUGUCACCGCGUAUGGUCUUUCAGCAGGUGGUAUCUCCAUUGGCCACCAACUUCGGGCUCGAGAGCCUCCAGUAUUUCACCGCGCUAUAUGCAUGUCCGGCGUGGAGCAUACAAUCCCAACUAUGACGCUCGACGACCACGAGAAAAUCUACCAAAGGGCGUUGAAGCACUUCAAUAUUUCUAGUUCUGAUCCACAAGCCCUCGACAAAUUGAGGGCGGUGCCAGAGCUCGACUUGGCUGAUGCAACAUUCGCCAUCUAUGCUGUGCCUAAUGUGGCUUCUAGUCCUUGCGAUGAUGGGGUCUUCCACCUGGCACCGACGGACCCAGAGAAGUAUCACACUCCUCCCUCGUGGCUCAAGACGUUCAUGGUAGGAGAUGUGAGGGACGAGGGCGAGAUCUUCAUCAGACCGAUGAACGAAUCGAGGGAUUACGCCUGGUUCAUGGACCAUCUUUGCCGUGAAAUGAGCAAAGAGGAUGCGACAUGGAUUCUGGAUUCGUACGAUAUCACACCGGAGGCAGAUCUGGCCAUGAGAAUCAAUCUCAUGAAGACAUUAUUUGGGGAGAUUUCAUUCGGUUAUCCGCAACGGAGGACUCUGCAGGCUUCUACUCUCGUAGACUCAUAUGGGUAUCAUUUCGACCUGCCCUCCAAGAUUCAGAAAGGUUUUCCAGGCAAGUCAUUUCACGCGCUCGAUUUGCAAUACGUUUUCCUCAAUAUGCAUGACGAGCUCGACGAGCAAGAUCACCAAUUUGGCAAUGUCGUGGCAGAUACCUAUCUACGCUUUGCGCAUGGUGAGGCUCCCUGGGCACCAUACCAGCCUAGCGCACAGUGGGGCGUUUUCACGCCGGAAUACACCGUCGAGGUACGAACGGAGGAACAGGAUGACAAGGUCAGAAAGUAUUCUAGGUGGGAUCAGAUUGAGGAGAAGGGUUUGAUGGGUCCAUUGACACGUGCAUAUCGACAGAUUAGACGGUCCUAUGCCUAG